CCACCUAACACCCAAACACACGUUAUUCUCCGUUUGCUUCGCCUGAAAGAGGCAGAGUCGAAGAAGAAACACACUCCAAAAAAACCCUAACCCCCCUCUCUCUCGGCCACCGCCGUCGCCGCCUGCAGGGUCACUGUUUCCGCGAAAUUGUGAAAGAGAUACCGGAUGGCUUAUAUGCAAUAUGGAAGAAAUAUCCUCCGACACAUUGUUAAAGAUGUGGGUUCUCAAAGCUCAGAUCGGGUAGUGAAUCCGGUCCUAUAUGUUUGUCAAGGAGUUCGAUACAGGAAGUUGGAGGUUAUUCUUACAACGAACAUAGAUAAGCUUGGCAAAGCAGGUGAGACAGUGAAGGUUGCUCCUGGGUAUUUUCGCAACCACUUGAUGCCCAAGUUGCUUGCAGUCCCGAAUAUUGAGAAGUUUGCUUAUCUCAUCAGCGAGCAGCGCAAGCUUUACCGACCUGAGGAAGUGGAAGAGGUUAAAGAAGUUGUAGAGACUGAGGAAGACAAGAUGAAAGAAUAUCAUACUGCAGCUAAACGUCUAGAAACUACCAGAGUGGCUUUCAGGAGGUUCAUUAAGUUUGAAAAGGGCCAGCCUGUGAGGAAGGGUGAACCCUUAGAGUUGCGUUCACCCAUCACGAAGGAUGAUCUUGUGGCAGAGGUGGCAAGGCAGCUUUCCGUGCAGGUAGAACCCGAAAGCCUGCAUCUACCUUCUCCUUUGACGCAUGUGGGAGAGUUUGAGGUGCCGCUCCGACUACCAAAGUCCAUCCCUUUGCCGGAGGGAAAGGUCCGCUGGACUCUCAAAGUUAAAAUCCGCUGCAAAUGAAGAACAAUGACUUAGCUAGAUAGGCUGUUUCUCUGAUUCUCUUUUAUCUUUGAGUAUUGAAAGUUCUUGUGGAAUUUGUUUUUGUAUCCUCUGGAAAAAAAUAUGGAUGCCUGUUAUCUGUAAGGAUCGGGAUUUGUUCCUGUAGAUGGGAAAAAUUGCUUUUGAAUAAAUGAAUGAAUGAUUAAAUCUGA